CCUUUCACCUCCGGUCGAGCGACCAUCCCCCGGCGAGAGACGCGGCGACCAAGGGUUGACGCCGACCUCGAGUCCCUUUUCGAUGGAGGUCGGCAGAGCUCGGUUCGUUCCGUCUGCCCGGUCGAGCUGUCGGGAGCCGCGCCGUCUGAUGGUUCCCCGGCUUGCUUGAAGUCGUUCGUCGCGGUGGGACGCUAUAUAGACUUCCUAGGAUCCGCUGCCGUUCAAUAUGCCUGCCCCUCCGACAGCUCCUGGUGUCUAAGAUUUGGAUAUUUAUGAGACUUUUGAUAGCUCAGAAGAAUGCUAAAGCCUCCGCGCUGGCUGCUGGACGUAGCUCAGCUAUACCUCGUCCUCGUGCUGGCUGGGGAACCGUCAACUACAGAUGAGCUGGGUCCCGCGCGGAACUUCUCCGGCGUGCUGCACUCCGACCCGAGCACCUACCUGCAGGAGCUGGCCGGCUACUGGCCCUACAACGACACCUUCCACCUGUCCAGGUUCGAGGAGUUCGACCACACCCACUUCGACGACUCGCGCGAAGGCGCCGCCGCCGCCGCCGCCGCCGACCCGGGCAGCACGGAGAGGACCCCGGGGGCGGGGCUGGGCCCGCCGCCGCGCGGCAGGGCCUCCGCGGAGCCCGUGUUCGACAACAACCUGGUGACCAACGUGACGGCGCAGCUGGGCGGUGCGGCCUUCCUGCGCUGCCGUGUGCGCAACCUGGGCGGGCGUCCGGUGUCGUGGGUGCGGCGCCGCGACUGGCACAUCCUCACGUCGGGCCCGCUCACCUACACCAACGACGAGCGCUUCCAGGUGGUGCACGCGGCGGGCGGCGACGACUGGGACCUGCAGAUCAAGUACGUGCAGAAGAGGGACAACGGCACGUACGAGUGCCAGGUGGCGACGGGCUCGGGCACCAUCUCGCACUACUUCAACCUGCACGUGGUGGUGCCCUCGGCCUUCAUCCUGGGCAGCGGCGAGUACCACAUCGGCGAGGGCAGCACCAUCAGCCUCGUGUGCAUCAUCGAGAACAGCCCCUCGCCGCCCCAGUACGUGUUCUGGUACCACAACGAGCGCAUGAUCAACUACGACACCAGCCGGGGCGGCGUGUCGGUGAGCACGGAGCCGGGCCCCAAGACGCACAGCCGGCUCAUCAUCAACAGCGCCACGCACGGCGACUCGGGCAACUACACGUGCCGCGCCUCCAACACAGAGGCCGACACCAUCUACGUCUUCGUCUCCAGAGGCGACAACACGGCGGCCAUCCAGCGGCAGGAGUCCUCCGAGGCUGCCAGGACUCGCCGAGUCCUGCCGCUAGUCCUGCUGGCCGGGCUGGGCGCGUGGGUCACCAGGUGAAGCCGGUAACGCACAGACGGUGGCGAAUACGUUUGGUACUCGUUCGUUCUUCAGUGACGUCAUCGCCAGAUCCGCGCGUUGGAGUGGACACGGGCGCCUUCACCCCUCGCCCGAACGCGAUCUCCAGGACGGAAGACAAAGAAACGUUCUCCCUUCUUCUUCUGUAUUUCGCUGCGAGUGCGAACGAGUUCCCAAAGACUGGCGACAGGUUGCUCUCUCACGCCACCAAGUUCAUCGAGAAUUUGUUUUGCAGUGCGUGGUCGCAGGAAGUGCGUGAAUGUUGACUUUUUUCCCUGGUCUUUCUGUCGAAACUUGCGCGACAUGUAAACAAAACCUCCAUGAAAGUUCUGCUGCAAAAUGUUUCAUACGAGUAAUAAACUUAUUAAUAACUGGUUACUUGGAAUUACACACAAACCUUGUAACUAUUUGGUAAACUACUUCCGGUUUCAACUGUGAAUACAAGUUUUAAAAUGCAGGGAAUUGGGGACUUAAUUAUAAGGAGGAUAUAUCACCAAAAAAAAAACUAAACCAGCAAAAAUGUUUUAACGAAAUCAUUAGAUUGAACUGAACACAUUUACCAUCUUUUAAUCAUGAUUUUAACAUUACGGUGAAGAAUUGGGUUUAUUGACAGUUCAGCGAGUAUGCCGUGUCAAAUGUUAAAUGGCUCCCCGAAAUUUGGACUGCGAAAGUUUGUGUCUAAUGCAGGGUAUUAACUCCUAGGACAUUAACUGUUACCUCUAGCAAAAUGAUCACUCAAGAUUAUCGAUAUAAAAAAAAUUAUUUCUUUUUACAGUGAAAAUGUAGUGACAUAUUAGAUUGGAAGUUUGAACAUCACUCGCUGUUAGCAAACUAACAUCGUGAACCUUAUGCUUAGAAAGUACGAACUGGUGUAAGAGGGUACACGAGUACACCACAGUGUUUAGGUCAUAAUAUAAUAUCACUGAAUUUUUUAUUUGUAACAAGUGUGUGACAGUUAUGUUUUGUUUUAAUCUUAGUUUGCCAAACGAUACAACUAAAUUAUGUUGACUUGUACGUCCUGCAAAAUGUUUGCGAGGUGCAGGAGGAUUUUUUUUCAAGAUCUAUUAUAUUAUUUAUAUAAGUAUUUUGUGAGGCAUUGUAUUAUCUAAAUAUGUUUCUUUAGUCUUUGUCAUUUAUCGCAAUUUAAAAAAUGUAAUUAAGAGAUUUUAUUCUGUUCAAACUACUGUGAACCCUCUUAACAUGUGUAAAAAAGUACAUAAUGAAAGGUGAAGCCCUUUAUGGCUAAUAUUAUUAGUUUUUCUUAGUCAUGACUAUCAGUUGUUAUUAGACAUACGUGAGUGCCUUACAACAGCUUCAUACGAAGUAAAUAAAAUCAAUUUUAGUGUAAAUGUUGAGUGUUAAAUGUACAUUAUGAAAGAUGUCACGAAAUGUAAGUUUUGGAGAAAUCCACAAAAAAUGGCUUGUAUUAAAGGUUUAAAAGCA